AUGUCGCAUUAUUCCAACGCGAACGGUCUCAACUACCACCUCUACAGCCAUGGUCAAGUUCAGUAUCAGACCGUCAACGCGCCAUGUUCAACGUACUCACCAACCUAUGCACCAGGCCAAGGAACGUCGACAGCUCCUCUCUAUAUGCCUCCCACCUCUGGACCGCACCCCCAUUAUUCAUUUGUGAGCCCGCGGGUUCCUACACUUCCUUCUCAGUCUCGCGCGUUCCCACCGAAUUCCUACUACGCUCCAUCCGCGGCCCAUCGCACCACUUCACAUCAUCAGCGACUCGCUCCUCCACGAGACUACAUCUCAAUGGACGGCACAGAAUGUCAGGACUCCCCAAAUGAAGACACAAUGCUCUCAGAACCUGUUCUACCACCCCUAGAAGGCUAUCCGGAUGUCCACGAGUUUGACGCGCUGAUGAAACGUUAUGUCCAAGACUUGUCACCCAAGAAGCAAGACAAAGCUCUUAUUCAUGCCCGAAGGGCUGCCAACAUCAAGCACGUACUCAUUGACAAGAAAACAACUGCCAUCGAGUCGGCACAAUUCAGGUUUUGGGUGAAGAAAAUGUUUACAUUACAACCGAAUGACACGAAAGUUCCAGAGCAUUUGAAAAAGAUUUGUCAUGAAGGAAAACCAGUGGCGGUGCGGGAAAAGUUGUUCAAGAUCCUGACCAAAGCACACAAGCAAUGCCAGCACGGUGGCAGGGACAAGACAUCCGCUCAGGGUACCCAAAGAACUCAUCUCAAGAUUCGUCAAACUAUGUCCCACAUGUCAAGUCAGACGAGGGACCAGUCGCAACUCGCCUCCAGAGUCAGUAAAAAGCCCCGAGACGAACACGGAACCAUACUCGCCGGAGGCACUCUCAGCAGCUGGUUCAAGGAAGAGUUCUACAGUGAGUCGGCAGACCACAGUGAGCGCGGGCUUGCCUUUGCAAACAGCGGGCUUCAAAACGAGCUCAACCUUUCAACAGCAGAACCGCUGGAUGACGCCGUUGCAAUCUCAUUCAGAGACCAAUCACGUCUCACCGGCCAUGACACAUACCUCUCUCAAUCGUCACGACUCCUACAACACAGCUCCACCUAUGUCGUUGAACUGUAA